AUGUCUCUCGAUCAAUUCGAUAUAAAGUUACAUAGUGAUGAUGGUAAAGAGUUCACAACACUAAGUAAUCAACCAUUAGAUUCAAUUAGAAAUCAAAAUUUCGAUAGAUUAAUAUUAUUAUUACAUGGGUUUCCAGAUAUAAACACAACUUUCAAUAAAGUAUGGCCAAUUAUUCUCAACAAUUAUAAUUCCAAGAAUGAAAAAAUUCUACUAGUUGCUCCCAAACUUAGAGGAUAUGAGACAUCAAGUUUAAGUAAUGAGCAAGAUUAUAUGAUGCCAAAUUUAGCAAAAGAUGUACAAUCUUGGAUAUUAGAAUUAGUACCAGAUCAAAAUAAACCAGUACAUUUAAUAGGUCAUGAUUGGGGUGCAUUAAUUGCUUUCAAAACUGCAAAUCUUUAUCCUGAUCUUAUAACAUCCAUGUGUUGUUUAGCUAUACCAUAUUUAACAAAUUUAAGACUAUACGAGUUAUUAUGGAAUGUACCUGAACAAGUAUAUUUAAGUUCAUACUUUUUAACAAUGCAAUUUUCAUGGUUAUAUAAAGAUAAAUUAACAAAUGAUUCAAAUACUUAUCUUCAAGACAUUUGGAAAUAUUGGUCACCAGAUUACAGUCCCACGUCAAAGGAAUUAGAAGAAAUAAAAAAUUCCUACAAAAUUCCUGGGGUAAGCGAUGCAAUAACUGCAUAUUAUAGACACCUUUUCAGACCAUUAUCAUUAAUCAAAUCAAGAUGGCCAGUUGAUUUUCAAAAAGUACCAACUUUGAUAAUGUUAGGAGAAAAUGAUGGAUGUAUGUCAUAUAAAUUAGCAGUUUUAGAACAAAAAAAAUUGAAGAAAGAUUAUCCAAAAGCUCAAGUUAAAAUUAUACCGGAUUGUGGUCAUUUCUUACAACGUGAACAACCGCAGAUUGUUAGUGAUAUAAUAAUUGAUUUUUUAGAAACUUUUAAUUGA